UGCAGCUGGAGUACAAUAAAACCAAAAGCUUCGCAAUGAGAUAGUUUUCAAGAGUGUAUAUAAAAAGAUUGUAUAUCUUUCAGUUAACAACAAACUAUAGACGAUCAAAGAAAAGAAAUGUGGAACAAAAGCAUAGAAAUUACUAUGGAAGAUGAUGAAGUUUCCAGAAGGACGAGGAAGAAGACAGAACAUCCCAAGAAGAUGAAGAACAUUCUAAAGAAUCUAUGGAAUGUCGGAAAAGAAGAUACGCGGAGAUUGAAACAUGCAUUGAAAGUAGGAGUUUCAUUAACACUUGUGUCCUUGUUGUAUCUCAUGGAACCUUUCUUCAAAGGUAUCGGAAAAAAUGCAAUUUGGGCAGUCAUGACUGUUGUUGUCGUUCUCGAGUUCUCUGCCGGUGCGACAUUACGCAAGGGAUUAAAUAGAGGAUUAGGGACACUAAUAGCAGGAUCUCUGGCAUAUCUUAUUGAGUUUGUUGCUAUUAAUUCCGGUAAAAUUUUCGGAGGUAUCUUCAUUGGCGCUGCUGUAUUCAUCAUCGGAUCAACGAUAACGUAUAUGAGAUUUGUUCCAUACGUAAAGAAAAACUACGAUUACGGUAUGCUGGUAUUUCUUUUGACGUUUAAUCUAAUCACUGUAUCGAGUUACAGAAUCGAUACUGUAAUUAAAAUCGCACACCAGAGAUUAUUAACCAUUGCUAUGGGUAUUGGCAUUUGCCUUUUCAUGAGCCUUUUGGUUUUUCCAAUAUGGUCUGGCGAUGACCUUCACAUGUCCACCGUUAGUAAGUUGCAAGGCCUCUCACGCUCUACUGAAGCCUGUGUAACUAAGUAUUUCGAGGAGAAAGAGAAAGACAAUGAAGAUUCAAAUUCUGACUCUGAUGAUGAUGAUGUAAUCUACAAAGGGUAUAAGACUGUUUUGGAUUCUAAAUCCUCUGAUGAAGCACUAGCGAUGUAUGCGAGUUGGGAGCCGAGACAUUCACUGCGUUGUCAUAAAUUUCCAUCUCAACAAUACAUCAAAAUUGGAUCUGUUCUUCGCAAGUUUGGUCACACUGUUGUUGCUCUUCACGGUUGCUUACAAACCGAGAUUCAGACUCCUACGUCUAUUCGUAUCCUCUUCAAAGAUCCUUGUGUUAGACUAGCUGGAGAAAUCUGCAAAGUUUUGUCGGAACUCUCUGAAAGCAUUCUAAACAAACGUCACUGCUCGCCGGAGAUUCUCUCCGACAAUCUAGAAGUAGCGUUAAAAGAUCUCAACGCAGCAAUAAAAUCACAACCUAAGCUCUUCUUGGGGUCUAACCUUCACGGUGACAUCACCAACAAACACUUAAACCGCAAUGUUUCAUAUUACAACGACAGUAAUAACGUUGUCGGAAAUGUUUUAAGUCAGACAACGCAACAAAACGUCACCGUAUCACAGCCUCGGUUUGACAGCGCCGUUUCGCUCUCUAGCUUUAUGGGUCGCACGCCAGACCGGAGGUCUGUGAAUAAACCGGGACCGGUUGGAGAGAAGAGGAGAUUUAGGAAACAGAUGAGUAAAGCCGCGGUUAUGAAAAGUUUGGAGUUUUCGGAGGCGUUACCGUUUGCUGCGUUUGCGUCGCUUCUUGUGGAGAUGGUGGCUAGGCUUGGUGCUGUGAUUGAUGAGGUGGAGGAGCUGGGAUCUAUCGCCUGUUUCAAGGAGUAUGAUAAUAAGACUGUUGAUCGGACGGAUGUGGAAGUUCGAAUUGAGAAACCGGUGGAUCUAGUGGUUGGAGAUUAAACCGACCGGUAUAGUUCGGCUUGGUUUGGUAUAGUUCUCUAUGUGAUUCGAUUCUCUUUUUGUGAUGAUGAAUAAUGGAUCACGAGUUUGUAAUUUGUGAGGCUUUACUUAUUCAAAAAAAAAAUGACAUGUUUGCCUUUUCUGUUGUUAUUU